AUGGGUUCAUGCUGUGCCACUGAAAAGGGCAAGGUUUUACCUUAUGUUUUAGAUGUCCAUGUGCAAUGCACACCUUGCGAUAAUACCAAGCAAGAAAUUAAAAAGAAGAUGUGGGUCCAAAAAGCCAAAAAUGCACCAAAACUUAAUAUCAAUUCUAACCCUCUAUAUAAAAAGAGGAUGAGUGAAAAUCUUACCAGGAGCAGUCGGACAAGCUUAAUAUCUAAUGAAAGAGCUUCGAGGACGGCUUCUUGCUCGCUGUUAUAUGGGUUCUAG